UAUGUGGGUAGAUUAAGUAAUCAGGCGCCGACUGAAUGUGGGUAGGUGAUUUCUGUCUCUUUUAAUAAAUCCUAUACCGAACGGACGUGUUUCCUUGGUCUCAUCAGCUCAGAUCCAUAUCCUGGCCUGAAGGCAUAUUUAACAGUGGCGACGGGACUGGGAUCUACGAGUGGAACAUUUUAGUGUUGUGGUUUAGUUCAUUGCAGUGAAUAAAAACAGUAAUAAUGGCAGUCGGCAAAAUAGCCCCUUUCGAUAUGGACAAAGAUGGUUGGGACUUAUACGUGGAGCGUUUGGAACAAUAUUUUAUAGCGAAUACAGUGAGUGAAUCGGUUAAAGUGGCUACCUUAAUUACGGUGGUAGGCAGGGACGCGUAUGAACUUAUGGUUAAUUUGUGUACGCCGGCCCGCCCGGCAACAAAGACUUUUGAUCAGUUGAAGGCCAUCAUGAAAUCGCACUUGCAACCUAAACCGAGUGUGUUAGCCGAAAGGUUCAAAUUCCGACAACGUCGUCAUGCAAGUGACGAAAGCAUAGCGGAGUAUGUCGCGGCGUUGAAGAAAAUGUCAAUGACUUGCAAUUUUGGCGCGGACUCAUUGCAAGACAAUUUAAGAGACCAAUUUGUUUGCGGUUUAUCGAAGGAUGUUAUACGACAGCGACUAUUCGCAGAGGAGGAAAUCACGUUCGAGAAAGCAUUCAAAUUAGCCGUAACGAUAGAUUCGGCCGAGACGGAAUCGGCGGUCAUGGAAAAGCGAGUAGACAACCAUGGAGGAAGUACGGGUGUCUACCAGGUGGCCUCGAGCUGGGGGCGAGGGAGCUACGGUAACGGUGAAGCCGCCGGGGGACGGAAGGUCACGGGGGCUACGCGAGGCGGGGCAGGCGCCGGGCGCGGCGCGAGCGGCCGCGGCGGACGACGCGGCCCGGGCGCCACGGGCGCCGGCCGCGGCCGCGGCGCGCACGGCGGCGCAGCUGGCUGCAAGACGUGCGGCGGCAGUCAUGACUCCAACACGUGCAAAUUUAAGGCGUACGUGUGUCGGGUGUGCAACCGAGAUGGACAUCUGAAGAGGAUGUGUCCGAGACUACGCGAGGAACAGCUGUUCGCGUUGUAUGACGGAGGCGCGGACGGGCAGGUGGCGUAUGACGACAGCGAGGGAAGUGACGAGGUAGUUACCUAUAACUAUUCUAUCGCUUUAAAGGACUUUAGUGCGUAUCCGCCAUAUGUAUUAUCAAUAAAGGUUAAUGAAAGAAACAUAGAUAUGGAAAUUGAUACAGGUAGCUGUAUUUCUUGCAUCAGUUAUGAUUGUUACAUAAAAACUUUAGGGAAUUUUAAAUUACAGCCGAGUGAUGUCUCAAUGCGAUAUUAUACCGGGGAAAGGGUAAUACCCGUAGGUAAAUUAUGCGUGAAUGUACAAUAUGGUAAAGUGAACAAAGAAUUAGAUCUGUUUAAAGAAGUUUUUGAAGACGGUUUGGGGCGGUUCACGGGCGGCAAGGUCGGGUUCGCGCUGCGCGAGGGGGCGCGUCCGGUGUUCCUGCGCGCGCGCCCGCUGCCGUACGCGCUGCGCGAGCCGGUGGAGCGCGCGCUCGAUCAGCUGGUGUGCGACGGCAUCAUCACGCCCGUGCCCACCUCCGACUGGGCCACUCCAGUCGUACCGUACCUCGAGUAG